AUGGGACUAAUUGAAAUCACUUCCCAGGAUCAAUUCACGGACUUGACCUCUGUGCCAAACAAACUCAUUGCGUUAUAUUUCCACACGCCCUGGGCCUCGCCCUGUAUUCAAAUGAACAAAGUCUAUUCGACUUUGGCCGAUUCUUCGCAACACGAUAAGACAACUUUUCUCUCCAUAAAUGCUGACGACCAUCCUGAGAUUUCGGACCUUUUUGAUGUUUCUGCUGUUCCAUACUUUGUUUUGAUCAGAAACGGUACCAUAUUGAAAGAAUUAAGUGGUGCCGAUCCAAAGGAAUUCGUGUCAGCACUCAAUCAAUUCAGUGAUAGACCUCAGGAAGCCCAUAACCAAGGGGCUUCAGAUUUUCAGACAACAGAAUCCGCUUCAGCUCGACCAUCUAGCACUACUGCUUCCAAAUCACCAACUCCAGAGGAAGAAACUCCCGAACAACUAAAUGCCAGACUCUCAAAAUUGACAACAGCAGCUCCAGUCAUGUUAUUCAUGAAGGGAACUCCAUCUGCACCACAAUGUGGAUUUUCAAGACAGCUGGUGGCAAUUUUGAGAGAGCAUCAAGUCAGAUUUGGAUUUUUUGAUAUUCUGAAAGAUGAUGCUGUCAGACAAGGUCUUAAGAAGUUUAGUGACUGGCCAACUUUUCCUCAAUUGUAUAUUGGAGGAGUGUUUCAGGGUGGUCUCGAUAUUGUCAAAGAGAACCUGAGUGAAGAUGAGCAUUUCUUCGAGCACGCUUUAGAAGAAGCCAAUAAUGCAAGCUAA